UAAAGCACAGCCCAAAUGGCUUUGCAAACUCAUGUCUGUGUUUUGCCAGGUAAAGGUUCCUGGCUCGCCUCUUGCCAGCAUCUGUUGAUACAGGCAAGGCUGCCCUACCCUGACACACAAAGGAGGGACUAGCUGAAGAAUCAACCAUAUGGUCAACAGUAAGUAAAACCAUCAUUCCAGCCGGCUUGGCUAAGAAAGCUAAUAUUUGAAAAGCUGUAGUUUAAGGAACUAGAUGAGUUAUGGAAAAUUCUAAUUUGCUUACAUCUUGUAGAUGGUACUGUGGUUAAAGUUAUAAACCACAGACAUACGUGGCUUAUGCAGGACCAUUUUUUCUGUUCCUGAUCUGUCCCUCUUCAUUGUGUGAAGCUGGACGGUUCAUGUGUUUACUUCACAGCUCUUAAAGUUGAAGAUGUUGUAUAUUUAAAGAUAUAAAUGUUUAGUUAAAAAAGUAUUAGCUUUUACCCUUGUAACAUACUUAGGCUUGGAGUAGAAAGGUACUGUAGUAUGUGUUAGGAGUCUAAUGGCAAAGAAGCCCCCAGAUAAUGACUGGAUGUCAUUUCCAUGAAGAGGAUUACUACUGGCCUAUACUGCCAGCUUAAGCAAACUGGAAACAGAUGUGUCCUCUGAGAUGCAACCCUAUCUUUAGCAGGCUGAGCGCAGACUAGAUUUCAGCCCGAUUCAACCUCCUUCCUCUCUCAACUGGGUGCCUUUGUGUACUUUCAGCUAGUCCCUCGUUUGUGUGUCAGGGUAGGGCAGCCUUUCCUGUAUCAACGGAUGCUGGCAAGAGGUGAACCAGGAACCUUUACCUGACAAAACACAGACAUGAGUUUGCAAAGCCAUGUGGGCUGUGCUUUAUGAGGGAAUAACUGAAAAGGAGUGUGAAUGGCUUUAUUUCAUCCUGAACAGUACACGCCUGCCUAACACAGGCAUCUGUUAUUUGAUUUAGCAAAUUUUGUGGACUUAACUUUGGGCUUCUCUCUAACGUGGUCUGGGGUGGCCUUUUCAGCUCUUUUUUUCUUUCUUUUGCCCUGGACUGGAAUGCAGUCUACCUCAAGUGGGUCUUCCUAGGUAAGAGAGAAAGCAAGACCUGUCUCACUUAAUAGGGUGGUCUAGUCCCAAAAUAAGGCUUGAUUCUCAAAGGAAAUGAGAAAAGACAAAGUGGGGGGGGGGAUCCAUUUAUUGAGCCCUACUAUGUGCCAUCCAUUCAACAAACUGGAAUGUCUGUUUUAGGUGCUAGGAAUACUGUGAAAAAUAAGACAAAUACCUGCCCUCGUGGCACUUAGUGUCUCAUAAAUAACUGUGCCAAUUACAUUUGGGAUGAGUGUCAUGAGGAAAGGUAAAGAGUGUUCUAGGAGGGAAUGCAAGGGAGCUGGAUUAGGGAAGACAUCCGGGAAGAUGAAUAUCUACACCAAGAACUGAAGGAUGAGAGGUAUUAGGGAAGGUGGGGGAAAGGCCGUUUAUAGCAGAGGGAGCCAGAGGUGAGUUUCUGGAGAGAUGGGUUGGAAUGACAUCACAUAGGGUUUUGAAAGCCAUCUUAUGAAUUUGAAUUUGGUUGUCCUGGAGCAUCAUGCCUGUAAUCCCAACAUUUUGGGAGACCAAGGUGGGAGGAUUGUUUGAGGCCAGGAGUUUGAGACCACUCUGGGCAACACAGCGAGACCCCAUCUCUACAAAAAAAAGUUUUGGUAGCCAGAUGUGGUGGUACUCACCUGUAGUUCCAGCUACUCAGGAGGGUGAGGUGGGAGGAUCACUUGAACCCAGCAGUUCCAGGCUGCAGUGAGCUAAAAUCAACUGCAUUCCAGCCUGGACAACAGAGACAUCAUCUCUGAAAGAAAAAAAGUAUUUGAAUUUGGAAAGCUCUGGAAAAGAUGGAGAAUAGAUUAAAGGGAGCCAAUAUGGCUGUAGGGAUACCAGAUAAAGGGAGAAUGGGGGACAGUGGUAGUGGAGAUAGUUUUCAGUCUGUGUGAGACCUAGCAGAGAGCUUCAGGAUAACAAAUGUGGAUUUGUAGCUCAGCUGAGAGACCUGGGCUGAAGACGUAAAUUUAAGAAUCACAGACAUGCAUAUUAAUUGUAAUGGGAGUGGUUGAGAUCACAAAAGGAAACAGGGUCUCAGACUGAGUCCUAGAAACCAAACCAUUUAAGGAUUAGGUAGAGGAAUUUUGAAAGACAAGGGUAUCUCAAACCAAAGAGAAUCACCAGUCACUUGGAAAAGAAGCCUGGGUGAGGGCCUGGGUUCUAGUUCCUCAAAGUCUGUGGGUGGGCUAGAGACACAGUGGCUGUUGGCAGAGAUCGCUACAUGGCCGAGGGGUAGAAGACAGUGACCCUGAUACAACACUGCACUGAGACAGCAGGCUCCAAGCUGGAACCACUGGCAUUAACCCUGACGGGGUACUUGCUGUUAGACAAGUUAUCUCCUUUCAGGGUGUCUGACGACCUGGCUUAAGAGCCUGGUCCUUCACUGAAAAGCUGUUUGGUUGUGGCCAAGUCACAACUAAAUUUUGGGUUCUACAUCUAUAAAAUGUAGGAUUGUCUUAGCGGUUAGCACCACGGUAUAGUGUGAAUCUAAUCACAAGUUUCUAAACGGUGCCUCUCCUAUAAGAGUGCCUGGCCUGGGCCUGCAGGGGUACCUCAAAACUGGACAAACGAAAGCAGUCAACCCCUCUUCCCUCUCUCACUGACCAGUGCAGCCUGGAACAAGGGACUGUCCAGCCUUCUCCCCUUCCUGGUCGUCAGGUGCCAGCCUGUGCCACAGAACCUGUUUAUCUUGGAGGUGGAGACAGGUUUUCCUGCCUUAUCCUGCCCCAGUUUUUCAGACUAGGGUUGGGCAGAACACACACUGGACUGAGACUUUUUCUGCUAGAUUAAAACACCCACCCAUCGUAAAGGGGAAGGAUAAAAAAACCAAAGUGUGUUGAUCUGUCUCUGAACAGUACACACCUUUCGGAAGCCACUUUUGGCAUACACGUACACUACCUACAUCUCACUAAGUUCCUCCCUGGUCAUUCCAGAAAUCUCCUGAGAGGUCAGGGCUAUCUUAAAAUCUGUUCAUUUUAUUCCAAUAACCUUACCCCCAUUUAACUUUCUCCCCACUUUAAGUCAUUCCCAAAUUUCCCAAAAGGUGUAUCUGCCAAGGAGAAAAGAUGAGUUUUUAGGGGGCUUGAAGAAAACAAGUUCACAAAAUUCAUUCAGUCAACCUGCUCUGCCAGGCCCUGGACUCUCAUGAGCGGGGCAUAGUCUGGGAGGAAAGUGGUCAUGUCCUUCCCUGGGGCUGCUCUUUUGCCCUCAUUUGUUCCUAGAUUUCAUUGGUUAUCCUAAUCAGCUCCUUUUAGUCCUUUACCUACCAGGAAGUUGCCCAUGAGUCUUAGGGCUUUCCUCAUCCUCUAGAUAUAUCUCACCAUCCCCACUGGAAACCUGCACUCAGUCCCUCUCCUUCUCUCUCUCUUCCUCCCACCCCUUUCCCCCUUCAUUCUUCUUUCAUCCAGCACCUCCCCCUGUAAAUUAGUAAGAGGGAUGAGGAGCCUGAGAGAUGAACAUUCUCACAGAAUGUCCACUAAGUCACCAAGCUAUGAAGAUGCUGUUUGGAAUGAAACUGUUCACAUUUCUCUAUCACUGUUAAGAUAGCCAUUGUCUCUAGCAGCCGACAGCUAAAUGAACAGAGAAAAUGAAGAGUUUCAUUGGAAACAAGCGGAGCAUUUGGCAGGACUGUAGUUGCGGCUGGGACACAACCCCGAAGUCUGUCUGCUGUGAGUGGCUGACUUUCCAUAUCACACAGCCUGGGGAGGUCUGGGUGGCACCUUGCUUACUGCCGUUCCAUCACGCUGCUCUGCUGUCUGCUUACUGAUUCUGUCAGUGCUGUCUUGGGGAGUCACCUGAAAUUGCAGUGGCUGCAGACAACCUCUGAACCACUGGGCUCCCCUGCAGCCAUCAGAAGGCAGGCUCUAUGGCAAGGAAGCCAGGGUUCCCUUCCAUCAGCCUCCCUUCCUGAAAGUAUGAGGAUCCUAAACAGUGGGCCAUUGUUUGGGGGUAGUUGCCCCUUGAGCCAGGCAUGCUGUCCCCGUGACCCAAGAUCUCAGUAGUGGUCAGGACUGUAUUGGCUAUAAAUGACGAAGUCCUGGUGUCCAGUCAGAGUGAGGCAGCCAGGACAAUGCAGCUCUACUUCCAUCUCACUACUGAGAGACAUGGGUUACCAAGCUCUAGGAAAGCAGCAUUCCCCCGAGUAACAGUCAGAAAGGGGUGAUUCAACACCAGGCUCUGUGUCAGUGAGUGGAGACAGGGGAAAGUGAUUUAACUGCCUGGCCCCAGCCCCUGGUGGGGUCACUUCACUGGAGUCCCAUGGCACCUCCCAAGAGUCAGGGCUGCUGAGGCCAGCCUCCUGGUCCCCAACCCAACCCCUCAGAUGUCGAUUAGGACACCCUGGAAAGGGAAGCAGCUGCCUGUAGAUCCAGUAUACUGGAGGGCCCCCCAAAUUUUUUCCAGUAACCAUUUGUAAGGUCAAAACAACAGGGGGCGAUUUAAUACCAAGAGCUUUUUGGGCAAAUGUUGAGAGUGAGAUAGAGUGUGUGAGAGAGAGAGAGAGAAAGAGAGAGAUGCUCCUAUUUAGUUACCUAGAAAUGCUAGCCAUUCUAAAAAUUUUACUUAAAAGGAGAAAAAAGGGACUGGUAAUUUGUCAGUGGAGGCCAUCCCAGAGAGUGCCUCCUUCCUAGAGACACUAGGCCCCUUUCCUCCUUCCUCUUCUCAAAUCUUAUCAACUAGCUGAAAGUAACACUCACAGCUUCCGGUGGCCAAAAGCCUUAAAAACAACAAAAAUCAAACAAGAGAGACUGGUGCUUUAGGCAGCUAUAAUGCCAAGAAAAGCAAAGGAACUAUCUAGCUAGCUCUGUUGCCCAGGCUGGAAUGCAGUGGUGCAUUCCUCAAUCUCCCAGGCUCAAGCAACCCUUCCACCUCAGCCUCUCAAACAGCUGGGACUACAGAUGUGUACCACCACACCCCACUGAUUUUUUUUUUGGUAGAGACAAAGUUUCACUAUGUUGCCCAGGCUAGUCGCAAACUACUAGGCUCAAGCAAUCACUUCCCACAGUGCUGGUAUCACAGGUCUGAGCUACCAUGUCCAGCCCGGAACUUUAAACUUUAGGUACUGAGCAAAGAGCAAGUCUAGGAAACACAAUGCUAGCCUUAGAUUACUUAUUGAUUUAUGAACAAACUCCUAGAUAUAGAGGAAAAUAAAAGGUAUGUAUAGAUUAUAUAUACAUAAAUGCAUAUAAUUUAUAUAUAAACUAUGAAAUAAUGUAUAUAAAUAAAUUAUAUACACAUUUUAAUAUAUAAUAAAUAGGCUGGGUGUGGUGGUUCACACCUGUAAUCCCAGCACUUUGGGAGGCUGAGGUGGGUGGAUCACUGGAGGUCACAAAUUUGAGACUGGCCUGGCCAACAUGUUGAAACCCCAUCUCUACUAAAAAUUCAAAAAAUUAGCCAGGCGUGGUGGCACAUGCCUGUAAUCCCAGCUACUUGUGAGUCUGAGGCAAAAGAAUUGCUUGAACCCGGGAGGUGGAGGUUGCAGUGAGCUGAGAUCGACCCACUGCACUCCAGCCUGGCAACAGAGGGAGACUCCAUCUCAAAUAAAUAAAAUACACACACACACACGGCAAAUUGUGUAUAUGCUGUAUUUUCCAUCAUUUGAUUUAAUUGGAAAUUCAAAAUUGUUAAUUUAUGUACUAAAGAAUUUAUAUAACAAAAAGAUUAAAAACAGCACUUACUGGUUUUUGUGCCUCUACAACAUAGGUUCUAACUUAACAUUUGCGAAAAUGCACUAACUGUCAAAAAUUCAUGGACUUAAUACUGGGGCUCAAAUUAUAAUUAUGCCUGGGGAUCCCACUAAUUUAAACAUUCUGACCCUAUAAUCUUGAGAGGUUAACUACAUAUAAAAGUUUUUAAAUGUGUAUGACUCAAUUUAAGUGUAGCCUUGCCAAAUUUCUCAUGGUCAUAUACCCACUGCUAGAAAAUGUUUUCCAUUGAACAUAGAUGGUUUGACAAAGUAAAUAAUAAAUUAGACAGGGCAUGGUGGCUCAUGCCUGUAAUCCCAGCACUUACAGAGACCAAGGCAGGAAGUUCACUUGAGCCCAGGAGUUCAAGACCGGCCUGGGCAAAAGCAAAACCCUGUCUCUACAAAAACUACAAUUAACCAGGAGUGAUGGUGUGUGUCUAUAGUCCCAGCAACUCAAGAGGCUAAGGUGAGAUGAUCAACUGAGCCCAGGGGGUUGAGGCUGCAGGGAACCGGGACAGUGUCCCUGCACUCCAGCCUGGGAGACAGAGUAAGACCCUGUUUGAAUAUUAAUAAUAAAAUAAAGUUAAAGUAUCUGUCAUUUGCAAAUUGGCUUGAUAAAAUGGGACCCCCAUGAGCCCCCAUUUUAUAGUUAAUAUGGCCCAAUGUAAGUUAAAGCAGGCCCUUCAAGGAUUAAAACUCAUUAUAUAAAACCUUAUUUUUAAAGAGUGAUUAUCCCCCCACUACUCUCCAUUUAGCAGCCUAAUUUUGCCUACGUUCAAAUCUGGAAAAACAUAUAUAUUUUUAUGUAUAUACAUUUUAAUAUAUAAAAUGUAUUGUAUGUAAAUUUAAUAUGUAUUUUAAAUAUAUAAAUGUGUAUACAUGGUACCUGUGAUGGAUCACUACAACUCAACAUUGUGGUCUCAUCCAUUAGGCCACCAUACCUAGUAUUAAAAUUAAACUAAUUUUAUUCAAUCAGCAACUAAUAAAUACUCUUAUAGAGGUGUCUAUUUCUACAGCCCUUCAGGCAGUUUGCCUCUGCCUCUGAAGGGACACGAUGCACUUUUAUAGGCUACUGUGAGGUCUGUCAUCACACACUGUCUUUACAGACAAGAUGCACCUUCUCCAAGAGCACAGGUACAACACUGCACUGAGAACAUCCUCCUCCAAGGAGAUUUCAUUUGACUCACACUCACAUUUGAGCUUAAAGAGGAAGCAGGCAGUCACUGGUAGCUAAGGAAGCCUGUAGCUGCCCUCCUCCUCUUCAUCCUAUCCCUAAGGAGGAGGGGUGAUGUCAAGGAUUGGUCAGAUUCUGGUCAAGUGAACAAAGCCAGGGCCUGGGGUGGAACCUCAGUGUGUGAAAUAAAGGGGCUGAAAGCUGGUCCCAGGCUGGGGAUGGCUCCCUUCUACUUCUUCUCUCUCAGACACUGCAGGUAAGAUGGGAGCCUGGGCUUAUUCCUAUCGGGAGGGAGGUGCAUUUUUCCUUCUUCCCAUUCCCCUCUCAACAGAGUCCCAAGAAAGAACAGGGGGAGGCCAAGGAGAAAGAAAUGAGGACAAAACAGCCCCUACUACACAGGUCCAGUGCAGACCCCAGAGGUCAGGGCUUCAUGCUGGGGCUUGGGGUCAAAGCCCUAACAGAUAAUAAAGGGUUUUUUGCUUGUGAAAUCUGCUAUACAAAUAUUCCUCCAAGAAUACCCUGGGAUAGUAGGGGCGGGUGGGUGUCCCUGGAAUCUGUCUUCCAGCUAUCCAUCUCUCAGCCUCAAACCAGAGGAGGGAAUGACCAAAGUAGUUUCUGGGAAAAGAAGGGGGAAUUCCUGGAGGGGUGCAGUAGCUCACACCUGUAAUCCCAGCACUUUGGGAAGCCAUGGCGGGUGGAUCACCUGAGGUCAGGAGUUGGAGACCAGCCUGGCCAACAUGAUGAAACCCCCCGUCUCUACUAAAAAUACAAAAAAUAGCUGGGCGUGCCUCAGGAAGCUGAGGCAGGAGAAUCACUGGAACCCGGGAGGCAGAGGUUGCAGUGAGCCAAGAAAAAGAAGAAGGGGGGGAAUUCUAGGCAGAGUGAAUAGCAUUCCAAAGGCAAGCAAUAAAUGGAUGUCUUAAUAUGUGUGGAGCAAUAAACAGAGUGAGAAAGGCCUGCAGUUAGGGGAUUACAGAGGAACUUUAUACCAUGCUGUGUGAGAAGUCUAGACUUCAUCCAUAAAAAGAUGGUCUCCUGUGUUAGCCAACUGCUUGUGUUAUUCUGGUGCUUGCUACACGCCAGGCAUAGUUCUGAGUGCCUUACAUGAAUUAACUUAUAUCAUUCUGGGACACUAAGAUAAAGGACUUGCCCAAAGUCUACCAACAAGGAACCUGAGGUUCAAAGGGGUGGAAUAAGUGACAGAUCUGUUCUCUUUACCGAAUUUGCUACUCGGCAGUCAUGGCAUCAGCAAAGAGACAGGUUCUGUUGACCCGGACUUACCGUGAGGUGACCUGGAGGAGGUGGUAUCUGAGCUGAGUCAUGAGAGACAAGGGGUCAGGGCCAGCAGAGGCUGGGAGAGUUUAAGGUGCCUGGGCUCCAGGAUGCCUGAAGACUGCUUUGGGAAACAAGGGGAUCCAGCAAAAAGAACCAUAGAGAGAAAUGCCCAAUGCUUCACAGCAGGUCAAAGCCCCCAGGAUGCACAGUGUGGCAUCCAAGAACAGAGCUGAGCAAGCCAGCCCCGCCUUUGGAUCAGCGCCUGGCCCCAACCUUUCACUUUACAGCAGAAGUUGGCUGUGAUCCAGGAUCUUCAUUCAGUUUUAUCAAAGUAAAUGCAAAUGUGUUUGAAAAAACAAGAUUUAUUGUUACAUUAAGAUUAUUUUUGCUUCUAGAAAUGAUGGGAGGAUGCUUUUUAAUUUUUUUAAGUAGUAUUUGUGUAGCACUUCAGCAUAACCAGAAUUCUUUCCUCAUUUUAUUGAAAAAUGAGUGUUAACUUUCUCAGUUUUUCAAAUGAGGACAUUGACAUCUAGGAGAUUAACACAGGAAAGAAGCUGGGGCUCAAAUUCAGUUAUUCAGACUCCAAAUUCUGUUUUCAUUCUUUUUUUCUUUCAUUCAUUGAAAAAAAAAAAUACUGCAUUCCCCAAAUGUGCCAGGCACAGGACCAUGCACUGAGUAGAUAGCUGAUGGUAAAAUAGACAGAGCUUAUCUCGCAGGCCCUCUUCUCACAGUGCUUCUAACACUGAGGCAGGAACAUGUGAAGAUACACUAUAUAUUACUCUAUGUCAUAUUUCUAAUCAGCACUUGGUGAUUACAUUGACACUUUUGGAAGCUUCUCACACUUGCAUUUGUACUUAGCUGCUCCCAUUCUUUCACUGAAUGCCUGCUUUGUGCCCAUUCUUCGGUAGACACUGUAUAUGCACUGUAACACACAAGCAGCAGAGUUCAAUCUGGUAACACCUAUGUGCAAACUACCUGCAAGUAUUUGUUGAGCACAUACUUUUGGAAAAGCCAUCUUUCAGCAAAUAUUUAUUGGCACCUUGAUAAUCCUAACAGCUAAUAUUUACUGAAUACUGUAUGCCAAGGACCAUAGUAAAUUCUUUACACACAUUAUCAUUUGGUCUUCACAGUAAGCCUUCAGAGGCAGGUAUUUGAGAGCUUAAGUCAACAUGCUCAAAUUCAUGACACUAGAGAGCAGUGGCAGUGGAAUUUAAAUCCAGGCAUCCAGCAUUUCCUACGACUCUGCUGUCCUAACCUCCCACCCUAUGCAGGGCACUGGGAAUACAACAGUGAACAACAUUGGUGCAAUCUCUGCCCUUAAAAUGUUUACAGCCUAGGAGGGAAGAUAACCUUUAAACAGUCAUAUGCUGGAAUGUCUAACAGGGUACCUGGUCUUCUUUGAGCUUCAUUCAAACUUCCCCAAGAAUAUGCCUUGUCAAGUGGAUGCAGAGACUGAGUCUUUAUGCAAGGAGAGGAGGGAGGGAGAAGUCAGUCCAGCAGGGGGAGAGCACAAAGAAAAGCUCCGAGGUAGGAAGAGGUCUGGCAGCCUGAGGCUGUGACUGGGCUGAGAGCAAGGCCAGGUGGAUCACAGGGAAGCUAAGGAAAAGAGCAUGAGGAGUGGCAAAUAAAUCUGCGUAAUUCCAAGGUUCCUCUGGCUGCAGGAGGGGAGAGGUUAGCCGAGAGCAAGACAGCGUGUGGAGACGCCACGCAGGACACUACUUCAUGUGAGGCAGGGAUGUUAGUUUGGAUCAGCCUAUUGAUAGAGGGAAUGGUAGCAUGUAGUUGAUAAAAAAAAAAUGUAGAAGAGAAUCGACGGGGCUUGUGUGGGGAAAUGAGGGAAAGGAGGAAGUCAAGGAAGAUUUUUGGCUUGAACAACCCAGUGGAUGGCAGCACUCAGGACAGCUCUGGGGAGGAAGAUGAGAGUUCAAGUUGCAUCCAGGGUAGCUGUGGACAGCCAUGGAGCUGAUAAGUCAGGGGGCUGCUUGGUCAUGUGGCUCUAGAGCUCCAAGGUCCUAACAGUGAAGGAGAUCAUCUUGGACAAAGGUGAAAUGAGUGUCUAAGACAGAGCCCUAGAGGCCUUCCACUAUGAAAGGUUAUUAGAGAGGUCAGGUGCAGUGGCUCACACCUGUAAUCCUAGCAUUUUGGGAAGUCCGGGCGGGAGGAUCACUUGAGCCAAGCAUUUGCGAGCAGUCUGGACAACAUGGCAAGACUCUGUCUCUACAAAAAAUAGAAAAAAUCAUCCACACAUUGUGGCACACACCUGUGGUCCCAGCUAUUCAGGAGGCUGAGGUGGGAGGAUCACCUGAGCCUGGUAAGUGCAGGCUACAGUGAGCCAUGAUCACACCACUGCAUUUCAGCCUGGAUGACAGAGUGAGACUCUGUCUCAAAAAAAAAAAAGAGAGAGAGAAGAAGAAGGUCAUUAGAGAGGGGGGAUUGAGCAAAGGGAACUGAGAAACAUAGUGAAAGAGAAAGGAGGAAAGGCAGGAGAGUGUGGAGUCUGUUUCAAGGAGGGAGUGGGAGCAGGGCACAAUGGUUCAUGCCUGUAAUCUCAGCACUUUGGGGGCUGAGGUGGAAGGAUCACUUGAACCCAGGAGUUCAAGACCAGACUGGGCAACAUAGUGGGACCCUGUCUUUACCCCCCAAAUUUUUUUUAAUUAGCCAGGUGUGGUGGCACACUCCUGUAGAGCACCUCAGCUACUCCAAAAGCUGAAGUGGAAGGACUGCUUUAGCCUAGGUGUUCAAGGCUACAGUGAGUCAUGAUGGCACCACUGCACUCCAGCCUGGGUGACACAGUAAGGCCCUGUCUCAAAUAAAUAAAUAAAAAAGCAAUGGUCUGAGAUUGUAGAACCUUAUGUGCUGAAUUUUUAGCAGGGCACAGUUAAAUACAGAAAAGGUUGUUCUGACCUGGGAUUCGUCCCUGGGGGUUUUCAUGAAGGCCAUGCCUGAGGUGCACCUGGACAGGCGACCUGCAGGAGAGGGGCUGAGGGUGAAUGUUCGGGAACAGCAAAUAUAUCAGCAGGUAGACUCAGGAGGCAGAGCUAGAGGAUUCCAUGGAGGUCACAUCACCCAUGAGGUCCUAUCACCCAUGUAACUUAGUCACUGGCCACUUCAUGCUCAUUUCAUGGUCACAACUCUGCAGUAGUAAUUCAUAACUCUUUGUCACAGAUAACAACACUCAGACCCAGACAUGGGAAUUGACUGUUCAGACAGUGCAGAUGGAAGCGGGGAAGGCAGAAUUCAACUCUGGGUCUCAGGCCAGUGCUAUUACCUCAUGCUUCCUCGAUUCGGGUGGCAAGAAGAGAUUAGUGAGGAUGCAGGCUAGGCAGAGGUAGAGAGGAGGGAAUAAGUGAGAGGGAUGUAAGAUGCGGACAGCAGGUAGCAGCUGAGAAGGACAAGGAAGAAGUUUGGGACUUCUGGCUGCAGUAGUCAGGUGAACGGAUGUGCGAACAGCAGGGUAUGGGUUCAGGGGAAGAUGGAGACUCAAACGAUGAGUCCGACGAGCGGCCUACUGACAAGUAGUGGGGCGGAGUUGUCAGGAGGCAAAGAGAGACACAGAUCUGAAGUUCAGAGGAACGGUCCAGCCUGUGGGAGGCCAGAGAGAGUCAGUGUAAUCUUGGAUUUUGGUUCCUUUUUACCACUUAACAGCAAAGUUAAGAAGGUUCUGGGAGAGAGGUGACGGGUUAUGGGUGGCAUCCCGCCAGUGUCAAAGACGACUUCCGGCUCACCUCUGACUCAGUUUCCCCCACAGAUGACUUUUCUCUGCCGCAGGUCCCUGAAUCUCAAGACUCUGGCCUGCCUCCUGGUGGGCGUGAGUUUCUUGGCACUGCAGCAGUGGUUCCUCCAGGUCCCGAGGUCCCCGCAAGAGGAGAGGUCCCCGCAGGAGGAGACGCCAGAGGGCCCCACCGACGCUCCCGCAGCUGCCGCUCUGCCCUCGGUGCUCGUCCCCGGGCCCCAGUGCAUGGCCAACGCCUCAGCCAACGCCACAGCCGACUUCGAGCAGCUGCCCGCGCGCAUCCAGGACUUCCUGCGGUACCGCCACUGCCGCCACUUCCCGCUGCUCUGGGACGCCCGGGCCAAGUGCGCAGGCAGCCGCGGCGUCUUCUUGCUUCUGGCCGUGAAGUCGGCGCCUGCGCACUACGAGCGGCGCGAGCUCAUCCGGCGCACGUGGGGUCAGGAGCGCAGCUACGAGGGGCUGCAGGUGCGCCGCCUCUUCUUGCUGGGCACCCCGGGACCCGAGGACGAGGCGCCCGCCGAGCGGCUGGCGGCGCUGGUGGCGCUGGAGGCGCGCGAGCACGGCGACGUGCUGCAGUGGGCCUUUGCCGACACCUUCCUCAACCUCACGCUCAAGCACGUGCACCUGCUGGACUGGCUGGCGGCGCGCUGCCCGCACGCGCGCUUCCUGCUCAGCGGCGACGACGACGUGUUCGUGCACACCGCCAACGUGCUCCGGUUCCUGCGGGCGCAGCCGCCCGGCCGCCAUCUGUUCUCAGGCCAGCUAAUGCAGGGCUCCGUGCCCAUCCGCGACAGCUGGAGCAAGUACUUCGUGCCCCCGCAGCUCUUCCCCGGGUCCGUCUACCCGGUGUACUGCAGUGGCGGCGGCUUCCUCCUGUCCAGCGCCACGGCCCGGGCCCUGCGCUCGGCCGCCCGCCAAACCCCGCUCUUCCCCAUCGACGAUGCCUACAUGGGCAUGUGUCUGGAGCGGGCCGGCCUGGAGCCCAGCGGCCACGAGGGCAUCCGGCCCUUCGGCGUGCAGCUGCCUGGCGCGCGGCAGCCUUCCUUUGACCCCUGCAUGUACCGCCAGCUACUGCUGGUGCACCGCUUCGCACCCUACGAGAUGCUGCUCAUGUGGAAGGCGCUGCACAGCCCAACGCUCAGCUGUGACCGGGAACACCGGGUCUCCUGAAGCCAGGUGGGUGGCCUAAGCCCCAGGCCUCCACCCGUGACGGUGUCCAUGCUGAGAAGGCAGCUUUCCCACCCCAGGUACCUUCCGUCCUGCCCAGCUCUGUGCACCUGAAACCCAGCUGCACACUGAAAUCAGCAAGGUGUGAGGGAUGUGAGAAAUAACUGCAUCCUGCCUGCAUGUCCUGAAGUUUCGAUUGGAUUGGUCUGGGGUGACCCAAGACGUGUUAAGUAUUUUUUAAGUUCCUCCAGUGAUUCGAAUGUGCAGUUAGACCUGAGAACCACUGGGCUAGAAUGUCUGUCUGUUCAUCCUCGAAAACCCAGCUCCACCACCCCCUCCUCAAGCCUUCCCGGACACCUGGCUCCCAUACUCGGGUCUUUGUGGGCAGUGGAGCAAGGGAUACCUGGGAGCGUGGGAGCAAGGAUCAGUGUGCCCUGCCAUGUGCCUACAAAUGUGAGUUGCCAUUUCCACCAUUUCCUCUACAAGUGAGUGGAGCUGGAGCUGGGCUGACAGUCUCAGGUGGAUCCCACUUCCCUCUCCCCCCAGAAGUCAGUCACAUGUAGCUGAGUUGCUUGUGGCAGCCUUCCUCUCACAGCUGUCCCAGUAGCCCAUGAGGUAGAAAUCAAGUGGAAAACAGAGGCCUGGUCAGACAGUGACUAAUCCAGGGCCAUGUCAUUCUCAGCACCCCAUUUUGAUCCCCUCCGCACUUACCCCGACCAAAGUUAAUGGCCUGGUUGGGUCCUCCCCACCAAUGCUCACCCCCACAGGUCAGAGACAGGCUCCUUGCUGGGGUCUGGGCCUCAGGGUCAGUGGGCCUUGGACAACCCAACAGGGAGUUCUGGGGAGUUCAAAGUGGAGAAAAGCUGAUGGGAACAUGGAGGCCAGCGUUGGGGAGGCUGUGGAGGCAGGUGUGUAGGAUUGUGUUUGGGAGGUGGGAGAUCUGAAAUGGAGGUGGAUAGUGGUUAAGAGAAUGUGCAGGGCUUCCUGGGAACUUGGUGACUGGGGAUCUGAGAACCAGGCUGUGGUCCUGACCUGAAGCAGUUACAGCUGCCAGUCAUCUUGGCAAUAUAGAAAAUCAAGGAAACAGCCUACGGGCAGGCAGAAGUGUGUGUCAGCAAGGUCCCAACUAUAUAAGAUGGACGCAGGGACUUGCCUUCAGAGAGGAAAGAACCUGGGCAGAAAGUCAGAAGACUGGCCAAAGGACCUUCCUUGCCUUCAGGACAAAGGCCAGACUCCUGAGUCCUGCAUUUCCGGUUCAACAGGCUGCUGCUCACUGCUCCCUCCCUCCCAGCCCCCCACUGUCGGCCUCCAGCCAGUGGGCAAUGCCCAUGCUUUGUUCUACUGCCUCUGCAUUUUGCACAAGCUCUGACUGGGUUACUGAAAUGUCCUCUAACCACCACCAUCCUGCAUAUCUCUUGCACCAGUUAGGAUGCCUGUGGGGGAGGCUGCCAGCUGCCCACCUGAGUCAGCUGCCCCCUUCCUCCCAGGCACUCACCUAGACUACAUUUCCCAGCACCCCAUCCCCUGCAGUUAGAUGUGGCCCUGUGACUAGGCCCUCAUGGAUGGACCAAGUGGAUGAGGAUCGUUGCUGCACCUGGGCUUGCCUAUGCUCUUACUGCUUCCCCUUUGCUGGAACAUGGACGGACCUGAGACUCAGCUCUGACUUUGCAAGUGAGGACAACGCUCCAGGCCCAAGCCAAAAUUUCUCAACUAUUGACAUUUGGGGCAGGACAGUUCUUUGUUGUAGGGGCAAGUCCUAUUCAUUGUAGAACAUUCAGCAGCAUUCCUGUCCUCCACUCACUAGAUACUAGUAUCACAGCCCAAGUGCUUACACCCAAAGUAUCUCCAGACGUUGCAAAAUGUACCUGGUGGGCAAAUUCACCCUAGCAGAAAACAACUGGCCUAGAGGAAGGCAGAGAAACAAGAGAAUUCCUGAGUUCCUAUAUGGAGCAGAGGUGCCCAGGGACUGACCUGGCAUACUCGGCUCAGACUACUGAGGAAGACAAACUUCUAUGCUUUUUAAAAAAUUAUAGAUAGAACAAUAUGGACAAAAACUUUUAUGGUUUUGAGCCUCUGGAGUUUGUCGACUCUGUUACAGCAGCCUUACCCUGCUAAUAUUUUAGUCUAUUCAGGCUGCUGUAACAAAAAUACCAUAAACUGGGUGUCAGGACAUCUUGAAAGUUCAGGAGGCUGGGAAAUCUAAGGUCAGUGUCCCAGCAGAUUUGGUGUCUGGUGAGGGCCCAUUCCUCACUGCCUUCUUGCUGUGUCUCUGCAUGGUGGGAGGGGCAUGCAAGCUCCCACGGCCUCUUUUAUGGGGCCCAGAUCCCAUUGGUGAGUGUUCUGCCAUCAUCACCUCAUCACCUUCAGGGCUAGGAUUUCAACAUAAAAAUUUGAGGGAAACAGACAUUCCAACCGUAGCACUUAAGUCAUCUGCUGUGUCCCCUGUGAUCCGUUGUUUCUCACCAAAUAGACUGGCUGCUCCCAGAGGGAAAGGCCAUGUCUUAUUUACAUCAGGGCUGGCACAGAUUUACACAGAGAGAACCAGUGGCAAGUCCCAUCACUCCCACUCUGGGAACUCUCACCUCUCUGAGCCUCUCUUUCUGAUAUGAUUUGGCUUUGUGUCCCCACCCAAAUCUGAUCUUGAAUUGUAAUUCCCACAUGUCAGGGGAUUGGACAGGCAGGAGGUGUUUGGACAAUGGGGGUGGUCUUCCCCAUGUUCUUGUCUUGAUAGUGUGUUCUCACGAGAGGUGAUGGUUUUUUUUUGUUUUUUUCUUUUUUUUUUGAGACAGUUUCACUCUUGUUACCCAGGCUGGAGUGCAAUGGCGCCAUCUCGGCUCACUGCAACUUCUGCCUCUUGGGUUCAAGCAAUUCUCCUAUCUCAGCCUCCCGAAUAGCUGGGACUACAGGCACAUACCACCACACCUGGCUAAUUUUUGUAUUUUUAGUAGAGAUGGGGUUUUCACCUUGUUGACCAGGAUGGUCUGGAUUUCUUGACCUCAUGAUCCACUGGCCUCGGCCUCCCAAAGUGCUGGGAUUAUAGGUGUGAGCCACCACACCCGGCUGAGGUGAUGGUUUUAAAGUGCGGCACUUCCUUGUUUUCGCUCACACUCCCUCCUGCUGCCUUGUGAAGAAGCUGUCUGUUUUCCCUUUGCUUUCCGCCAUGAUUGUAAGUUUCCUGAGGCCUCCUAGCCAUGCUUCCUGUUAAGCCUGCAGAACUGAGUCAAUUAAACCUCUUCCCUUUAUAAUUACCCAGUCUCAGAUAGCAUCCUUUAUAGCAGUGUGAAAAUGAACUAAUACACUUUCCACAGUAAUGUUCCGUGCCAGGGCCAUGUAAAUCCUCUGUAAGCCACAUAGGAGGGCACUGUCAUUCUGCUGGCUUACUGGCAGCUCUGAGAGGUCAAAGGAAGCAGGAGGAGGUGGCAAUUCCAGUUGACCUUUCUGCAGCCCUUGCCAUGGGUCUCCAGUAGCCACAGCCUCUUGUCCCUUGCUGGUCUUUUUUCUGAGCAGGCCAUAACAAGUAUUUCUAAAUGAUUUCGGGGUGAGUGGAUGAAUGGAUGCAUGCCACCUGUCCCAGUGGUAUGGACUGCAUCUCUUCGGACAGCAGUCCCCAACCUUUUUGGCACCAAGGACUCAUUUUGUGGAAGACAGUAUUUCCACAGACCAAUGUGGGGGAUGGUUUUGGCAAGAUUCAAGUGCAUUACAUUUAUCGUGCACUUUCUUCCUGUUAUUAUUACAUUGUAAUAUGUGAUGAAAUAAUUAUACAACUCACCAUAAUGUAGAAUCAGCGGGAGCCCUGAGCUUGUUUUCCUGCAACUACACAGUCCCAUCAGGGGUGAUGGGAGACAGUGAUAGAUUAUCAGGCAGUAGAUCCUCAGUAGGAGCAUGCAACCUUCCACUUCUAAGGACCCUGUAGCUACAUUGGGCCUACCUAGAUAACCUGGGAUUCUCUUCCUAUCUUAAAGUCUGCUGAUGAGCUGCCUUCAUUCUGCCUCAACCUUACUUUCCUUUGCCAUGUAACAUGGUGACAUGCAACAUGUAACAUUCUCAUGUAACAUGUAGCAGGCACAGGUUCCAGGUAUUUAGGGUAUGGACAGCUUUUUGGGGGGCCGUUAUUAUUCACCACAGUGCCCAGUAAAUAUUUAUUGUGGAAUAAAUCAACAGUAAUGAAUGCACAAAAAUAAAUCAGUGAACAAGAGUGCUUCUUCCACACAGACCUCCUAGAUGCAAACUCUCAUUCUGGACUACUGAGUGUCGUUGAUUCUGAAUUCCCGCCCCUAGCGGCCAUUUGUCAAGUGCUUACAAGAUACAGGAAAACAGGAAUGAUGAGGCCAGAAUGUAGACGGGUCCUCUGGAAGGUCCAAAUUGUGCUUUGACACAAAAUCACACAAAAGGUGCUUUUAUAGCCUCCUGCCAUUUCCCUGACAGACAAGCAGAUUAUCCCCAUUCUAUUCCUAGAAACGAAGAUUCAGGACCUUGCUGGCUCCAAGGCUUGGGAAGCCGAUGAUACGGGUGGGCUGAGUGACUCUGGGUCCUGGCCACCCGGUCUCUGAAGGUUGCACUCGCGUCCAGGCCCAGGGAAGUCUGCAGUACCCGCGCAGCCCCGGCAGUAUCGGGCGCCAAGUGGCUCAUCGCUCACCAAAGCCCUGGCCGGGUGCUCCCCGCCCCGCUAUCCGGCUCAUGCGGCCUGUGGCCGCCAGGGGGCGCACCCCGCCCCUCGGAUCCCGCACACACCCGGACUCCACAGAGCAGCCCCGGAGCGCGGGCCUUCAACGGCCCUAGUGAGGCCAGCAUGACUUUGACACUCAAAGAGCUCAAACCCCCAAGGAUUCCAGGAGCAGGGAAGAUGAUGCGCCUAUCUCAGGAACCUAGAUGAAAGCAAAAAUCUUACGCAAAAUGCUAGCACACAAAAUGCGGUGACAGGUAAAAAGAAUAUCAGGACGGAGACGAGUUUAUCCCAGAAAUUCCAGAGGGGCUUAGCAUUAGAAAAACAGCCAGACUACGUAAAUAAGACAGGAUGAUCGAUCAGUCAAUGCGGUGCAUUGCAUCAAGAGAAAUAUGAGCACUUCAGAGGCAUGGGAAAGACGUUUAUUAAAAUUCAACAUCCAUUAGUGAUUUUAAAGAAAAUCUUACUAGUAAGAGGUGAAAGCAUUUGACAGCAUUUCACUUAAGGUUAGGAGCAAGAUGAGAUGUGCCAUCUUCACUACUUCUGUUCGGAAUUGUCCAGGCCUGGAAAGCACACAAAGACAAGAACAGAUACAGAAAUAUAAUAACUGGA